AUCUUCACAACUCAGAAAAGAGGCAACUUCCUCUUAAUAAGGUUCAGGCACGAUGAACAGCAUUAUUCCCAGGAGCAAAGCAAAAGGCACUGACAUCUGUGGAGUGGGCAAAUACUAUUAUAUAAUCCGUUCUGAUCUUGGCUGCUAUAUGAAGAUAGGUAGUAUCAAUAGAGGUUCAGACAUCUCUAUUUUUAGUCUGUACCUUGCCUGCAAAAAUGGAGACCACUACCUUGGAGAUGAAGAUGGCAACUUUUACAUCAUCAAGGGCAAUUCCUACCGCAGAGUCAAGAACCUGACGACGGACAGCGGUGCUGAAGUACACAGUCUUCAUCCCAACUGCCAGGGGGGAGACCACUACUUCUCAACUUCUGGCAAGUUUUACAUCAUCUUCCAAGAAAGGGGUACUUACCGAGAAACAACAAACAUGAAUACAGACUCAGAUGCUGAAGAAUACAAGCUCCCUCCCAACUGCAGAAACGGCCUCUAUUACUGGGGCCUGUCCAACGACUGCUUCUUCCUCAAGCCCGUCUCAGAUUGGGGAGUUGAGUACUACAAAGGGACUGACCUCAGCAAAGAUGAGUGUGUUGGUGUCUAUUCUGUUCAUCCUGAUGUUGUUAACUUCCUUCCUGGUGGGCUGACAGUAACUAUGGGCCAAUCCUUUGGCAAUUGGGAGAAUAUGAAAACUAAUGACAGCAAUACACCAGUGACAUGGCAAAAGAAAAUCAACAAAAAGGCUGGAUACGAUAAGGAGAAGAUGACCCAGAUCACACACAACUGGAAGAUAACCACAUCAUCCUUGAUUGAAUCUGGAGAGCAGGCAAAGUUAAUUUUAAAGUUGCACCUCCACUUUUUUGGAGAUUCACAUGCCAACACUAAAUACGAAAGCUGUAAUGAAAUGACCGAAGUGGAAGAACAACUCACACUUGAGCUGAAGCCAAACAAGUCUUUAUAUCCGUGGCAGUAAAAAUUGGUCUCGGUGAAGAACCAGUGCUGUUCUGCCGUGAUUUAAAGAUUGACGACGAGCCAAACCCUCCGCCUGAAGUCCCGCUGCCACCCGUUCAAUCAUGAAAACAUAUCAGGAUGGUUUAACUCCAAGAAUAAUCAAGUGCAAUACCUUAAUUAUAACGUCCCAAGUCAUCAUUUAUAUAUCUGCAUGCAUUGCUUAAAAUGAGGCUUGAAUUGUUUAAUAUAGCAGAAAGAUUUUUCAGUUACAGUCAAUGUAACUACAGAUUACAACACUAUUCAAUAUGGUAUUAUUGAAACUUUGUCUUUAUGAUUAAAAGAAACAGACAGAAUCUGACUUUAAAUCUUAUGAAAUU